UGCGUGUGCGCGUGUGAGUGUGCGUGCGUAUUUAAGUGCUUGUGUCAGUGUGUGCUGCCCAUGUUAAGGUGGCCCUGUUUUUUGGCUAAUUAUAUAGCUAGUCUGUUUGGCUAGAGCUAAAACAUGGAAGGAACACCGGGAACAGCAGACGCUGCCGACGUCGUAGUAGAACCUCCUGGCCAGAAAACUAUGCCUUUGCGAACACCAAAGAUAACGUUUAGCGAAAACUCCAGCUCCUUAAUACGCUGCAUACCCAACGAACGUGCGACCUUCUUUGUUAAAAUCGAUUGCGAUGAGGAGGAUGAAACGGAAUUGCUGCCCUUCAAAUUCGAAUGGACCCGUGGCGAUAUACCCAUCGAGAAUUCCGACCGCUUUCGCAUCACACAGACCAGCAAUGCCGUCCAGCUGGCCGUGGAGCAUGUUCAGCGCGAGGAUGCUGGACACUAUACCCUGUUUGCCCGCACGAAAGGCAACGAGGUGGCGCGCAGGCAUGUGGAGCUCAUUGUCGAGGACAGAUCAACGGGCGAGGAUCCGCCCGUAUUUCUGCGUCGCCUCGUCGAUCUCUCCGUCAAAGUGGGAACACGAACUCGCCUCCUAACAGAAAUACGCAGCUCAACAGAUCUUAAGUUAACCUGGUAUCGAAACGAUCGCAGAAUAUGUGAAAAUGAUCGCAUCACAGAGACGAAUGAGGGCACCUUUCACUAUUUGGAAGUGAGCCCGGUAAUACUCGAGGAUGGGGGCCAGUGGAUGUUAAUGGCCGAAAACAUGGGCGGACGCAAUUCCUGUCUGGCCACGCUGAAUGUGCUGGUGCCCAAGGCGUACAAGACGCCCGAAUUUGUGGAGGAGCUGCGGGCGGUGCUCACCGAACAGGGCACCGUAUCGCUGGAGUGCAAGGUGGUGGGCGUGCCAACACCACACUUGCGCUGGUUCAAGGACUCCAAGGAGAUCAAAGCGGGCGAUAUAUUUGCACUGACCGCCAAUGCGGAUGAUCCCACGUCGUUGGGCACAUAUACGUGCGAGGCGAAGAACUGCAUGGGCGUCACCUACUCCAGCUCCAAGGUGCACGUGGUGGGCCGUGGCAGUCGCGAAGGCUCACUGAAACCAGCCGACAACGUUAGCAGCAAUGCGCCGCCGCCGAUCUUUACGAAUGAGCUGCGGAGCCAGAGCGUCCAAAUCGGUGAUACCAUCAUACUCGGCUGUCAAGUUGUGGUGCCGCCUUGGCCCAAGAGCGUCACCUGGUACAACAAAGAUGGACGUGUGGACACCGGUGAGCGCUAUAAGCUAAUUGAAGAUGGCCUUGGCGUCUAUAUGAUUGAGAUCAAGCCCUCGGAAUCGUGCGAUGCCGGCGACUGGAAGUGCGUCGUCACCAGCUUUGAGGGCUGUGUGGGCAUUUCAGCGUGUGUUGUCAACAUGGACAUUCCCCGUAAUUACCGCAAGCCCAGAUUCAUGGAGAGCCUGCGCGCCGUGCUGACUGAGGAGGGUUUGGUUUCCUUUGAGUGCAAAGUAGUUGGCUUUCCGACGCCAGUGCUCAAGUGGUUCAAGGAUGGACACGAGUUGAAGCCCGGCGAUGUAUAUCAGCUGACGGGCACCAAUUCCCUAGGCACCUACUGCUGCAUAGCACGCAAUUGUAUGGGCGAGACAAGCAGCACAGCGGUGCUCACCGUGGAGGACAUACAGAAUCAGCUGACAGAUGAGGAGCGUUUGGUUUUCACGCAUCAGAAUCAAGCGCCCAAAUUUGUAACCGGCCUGAAGAGCACAGAUGCCAAGAUCAACGAGCCGUUUCAAUUUAAAGUUGUAGUCAAGGCUACACCUGAUCCAAUUCUAAGCUGGUUCCGGGACGAGCUGCCCAUCGAUCCGAACGAACGAUAUAAUCACUAUCGGGGCGAGAAUGAGGACUGGCUGCUCGACAUCAAGUCGGCAGAGUUUGUCGACCAGGCCGAGUGGAAGUGUGUGGCCGUCAAUGACUUUGGCACCAGCAUUACCUCGUGCUUCCUCAAAUUGCAAAUACCGAGGCACUACAAGAAGCCCCGAUUCCUGGAGUGUCUGCGCGCAGUGCUCACAGAGGAGGGUGCCGUCAAUCUGGAAUGCAAGGUCAUUGGCGUGCCGCAGCCGGUGCUCAAGUGGUACAAAGACGGCGUGGAACUGAAGCCGGGCGACAUACACAGGAUUAUUUCUGGCCAGGAUGGCACCUGCUGUCUGGGCACCUACACCUGCGAGGCUAGAAACUGCAUGGGCGUUGUGGCCAGCUCAGCCUCGCUGCUGGGCUUUGAGGAUGCGCAGCGAACGCAGAAAACUGAACAGUCAGAGGCAAAUGAGCUGCAAAGGAACCUUUCGCUGUCCACCAUUCAAGAGGAGCGCACAUCGCAGCUCUAUGAGACGCCAGUGGGCGAUAUAACCAUAGACGAUAAGGGCGAUGUGUCCUUCUCCUUUGAUGGCAAAGAAGUGUCAGUGUCCCUAUACGAAACACCCGACUUAACGGAAGAGGAGGCCCUGAAGAUCGUCGAGAUGUAUGCGGACCAAAUAUCGGAGCACGUGACGGAGCACAAUAUUGUGGAGCUGCCGCCACUGCGCUUCGUAAAGGAGACUUCACAGUCCGGCAAGCUGCUUAUGGAGGCAGUCGUUAUAGACAUUGCGCCCGAGUACUUCACACACGACGAGGAUCUGCGCACCGAGGCGGGCAUGGAUGAUAUAUCAAUCACUGAGAUCACAGUGCACGGCUCCUCGGGCAGGGAGGGAGUCUUCGACAAGGCAACUGAGAAAUACGCUCAGCAAUCGUUUGAAAAAAUGGAGGAGGAGCUGUCUUUAUCAGCACCGAUACGAAAGCGCAAGAAGUCGCGACCGACAGAAACUGAUGAAUUCUACAGUUUAUCCAAAGCAUCCGGGUCGGGCAGCCAGGGUGAGGAGGAGACAUCUGAUCUGCAAACUUUCGCCAGUGCACAGAUGUCCACAUCGCAGAAGGCGGCUCUAUCUAGCGAGCGCGAAGCAGCUGUUGCCGCACCACCGAAGCGUAAGAAGUCCAAGAAACCCACGGAUAGCGAUUCCUCGAAGACGACUGAAGACGAUGCCAAGCUACAGGACAUCUCGGGCGCUGUGGGUGAUGGCUUAAUGAUGCAGCCAGCUUCACAGAUGAAGGCCGUGACCGAUGAGGCCGAGAUCAACAAGAAUCUUAUGGCUUUGGUGCCACUAGCCAAAUUACUGAGAGUCAUUGAAAAUCAUUUGACUGUGGUCGAGGCGGAGGUAUUGGAUCAGUCCACCAUGAUGAUGACGCCAGCGGCUGCUGAUCAAAGUAUUGCCAUCAUCCGAGACAUUAUAGAGCCCAUCAAACAGAUCGAGUCGAAGCUGCGUGUCUACUCGGGCGAGACCCAAAUCGAUGCACUAAUCCAGACCAUGGACGACGACAUACGCAGGCUGCACAUGGGCCUCCAGGUGAUUGAGAAGUGUGUGGAAAUAGAUGAGACGGGCGCCACGCUCAUCCAAAGGACAAGCGUCUGCAUUAUCGACAGCGUAGCCGAGCACAUGAAGCGGGCGCUCGAGGAGCUCAAGAUUGUCAGCGAAAAGUUCGAAUCGGAGAGCUUGCGAAAUCAAAUCAAUUUAACUGCCGAUGAUAUACACCAGGGCCUGGAAAUAACCCAGGGCACCAUUCGAUCGCAGGCUCUGCUGCAGGAAGCCCAAGAACUGGAAGCAGCCAAGCAUUUUACAGAGACCGUGGAGAAGAUGCAGGAUGUACCCGAUAGCAUUUCAUUUGCUUCCAUUACGGAAGCCAACUUACCUAGCGAAGCGAGCGCCUUGAAGGAAAUCUGUCAGCCAGUAGCAAAAAUACAGGAAGCUCUCGAGCGCGUUGAAAUGGAGCUCUCCAUGGAGGAGAGUGAGGAGCAAAUCUACAAGAAGGUGCACAAGAAGGUGCUGGAUAGCAUUGUGGAGCCCAUAAAAGAGCUGCAGAGCACACUUCAAUCAAUUGAAGAUAAGACAGAGUCUCUCGCUGGUUCCGAGUCCAUGGAGCAGAAGAUUAACAUGGCCAUUUUGGAUAUUGUAACGCCGCCGCUGUUCGAGCUCAAUAAGGGAUUGGAGCUGAUACUUAAUGAGAAAUCGGAUAGCGUGGAGGCUGGCAUGUUUACCGUAAGCACAGUGGAGUCCAUGGUGCCGCCACUGCAAGAGAUUCAGAAUGGACUGGCGCAAUUGGGUCAGGAUCUGGAGAGUGGUCAGGCAGCUAGAGAGGGUGCCAAACUGGAUUUGGCAGACACCCAGAAGCUAUUGCAAUCCAUUGCCCAAGCAGUUCUGCAUUUCGAAACGAAUAUUGAACGAAUUUCGGAACGGCUCAGCGACAAUGUAAAGAUUCGCUUACAAAACUUGAAGGAUGAGUUGUCCGCUCUGAUUGGCACCAUUUUGGACAAAGAUAUAACGCGGCAUCAUGUGGAGCUGCUUGAUAAGCUGAAGCGUCCUAUUGACGAGCUGAAUUAUUGCAUACGCCAGACAGAGGUGAAGUCUACCUCUGGAUCUUUAGCCGAUCUGAUCGAGCCUCUCAGUCUGCUGCAGGAGAACACGCAGCAGGGACAAGGACUGCUCUUGGCCUCAAGGGCUGGCGAGCCGGAUAAGCAGGCGCUUCAGUACCUCGAAAACAUACGCAACAUAAUACGCAAUGCUAUUAUUGAUAUCGAGGAGCAUGAGUUCAAGAUUCUGCAGCAGGAGAUUCAACAGGACGAACAGCUGGCGGCACAGCAGGACAAAUCCUUCAGUGCAUUGCGCAAAGUUCUGGAGACGAAGGUCUCACUGGAGGAGUCGAUUGGCAACAUCGAAACACUGCAGCUGGCAUUAAACAGAAUUAAUGAGAAUACCAAGAUAACUUCCAAGAUCAAAUCUUCGGCGAACGAGGCUCAGGUUUCGCUCUUGAGAAUCUUACAAAUCGCCAAGGGACUGGCGACCUUCAGUGAGGCGGAGAACACGCUUAACCCUAAUGAAGCUCAAACCAUACGCAUCUUAUAUGAGAUGGGCAAGAGCUUUGCAGAUCUGGCCAAGACACUCGAUAAUCCAGCUGCUGACAUUAAUGAAUUUAACGAAGUCCUGAACCAUUUUAACGAUAUUGUUGCCCAGCAGCGAGAAGUUUUGGAUGAAACGCUUACAUGGAAUGCGCUUGCCAUAUCGAGUCCGCUCUCAAGUUUCGUACAGGCACUCGAAAAGCUUCAGCCACUGAAGCUGUCCAGCGAAGACGUAUCCACACUGGAUGAUGUGUCUGUGCUCAAAUCCUUAGCUGAAUCGUUGCCCACUGAACCAGAGGCAUAUACUACAGAAGAGGGGCUGAAGCAGAGUGAAGAAACACUGAAGAAGCCAGCUGAGCAGUUGCUCUCAGAUCUGAAUCAUGGCAUUGCUGCUGUUCUGUCGCAUUGUGAAGAUCUGGACGUGAGCUCCUUACGGGCAGAAACAGGUGAACAACUGCAAGCGGCUAUCAUUAAAAUGCACGAGCUGCAGAGCAACAUUGCGCUGGUGCAAGAAACAAACCUUGUGGAGGCUGCCCAAUCCUUCUCCGAAGGCACUGAUCCAGGCACUUUUGCCGCAGCCAUGUGCAGCUUGGAGCGCUGUGUCCUCGAGGUGGAGGAAUGUAUGGCGCACAGUGGGGCGGAAAGCCUAAAGGAUCUGGAGAUAUCUAAGCUCAAGACAUUGGCCACGCCACUGCACGAUCUUAGGCAAUAUUGUGAGCAAAUUGAUAUUCAAGCAGUGGAACAGGCACUCGAUAUGUCCUCUCAGAAUUUAUCCGAGCUGAAGACCAGCGGGCAACAGCAGACAGUUGAGAGUGUUGUCAAGCAGGCAGCUGUCAUCGUUGCAGAGCCAAAAGUCGAAGUCUUCGACGUGCAACAGGGCGUGCAAAGUGGCAUCAAGCAACUUGAGGCUUGCCUGGAAGUAACCAAAAGCGAAAACCAUGAGGAGCUACGUCAAGUCAGCGAAAUAAUGCAACAGCUAAACUCUGAUUUGAAGAAUAUUCAGGAGGCGCUCGUCUCGGGCAACGAUCAGCAGGAAACUGUAUUGGCUCAGGCUAAAAUCGCACGAACCAUGUUUAAAUUGAAGGAGUGUUUGGUGCACACCUACGAAUCGGGUCUGGUUGAUUCCUUAGAUAAUGUGGAAAGCGCUUUCGAAGAUAUUCUACUUUCUCUACCAAUGCUGGAGACGCAGCUGGCUCAAGAGAUGUAUUCCAAAAUCGAAAAUACCUUUGAGCACUUCAUGUCCUACGCCCAGCAACAGUCGCUGGGCAAUGUGCAGAGCAGCUUUAAAAAGCUGUUAGAAUCGAUCAGAGCCGUGGCCAUUUCCCCUAAUGUUGAUGUUGAUAAAUCAUCGACCUUAAUGAUUAAUCUCCAGUCCAAUCUGAUGUCCACGUUCAGAGCACUCAACGAGGUUAGCGAAAAGGCUGAAAACGAUUUAUUGAGUGGACUACUGAAGACUCAAAGCAGUCUCGUUGGCGUCUUUGAUUUCAUUGAGAAUAAUGAAAGUGCAAUACGCAUCAUAGAAUUGCUACAAGAGAUCGAUGCCAUAUCCGCGGACCUCAAGAACUUGACCUUAGUUUCAGUCGCAUCCACAUCGCCGAUUGACAUCAGUGCAAUAAUUGAAAACGUUGCUUCGGGCAAAGCGUUCCUAACUGAAAUCGAACAGGGCUUACAGAACGAUAAUCCACUGAGCGCCAAGCUUCUUGAAGAAAACACUGACGAAAUCGGUCAACUGGAAGCUACGCUUAUUCGAAUUGAAAGUGAUAUUCUUUCUCAGCCCCAGCUGUCGCAAAUUACAUCAGAGCAGCUUUAUCUAAUCGAGACUCUUCAGCUGCAAAUAAACAAUCUUCACGAAAAGCUAAUUCAAUUAAGUGCCACGCUUACCGAUAAACAGGCAGAAGAUAGGUCCGCCCAGGAAGUUGAAGAGAAAUUGGAGCAAGCGAAUGUUGUCCAGGACAAAUCAGAAAUGAAGGUCAAACGAAAACUAGAAGAAGAUUUAAAGGAAAUUUCAACCAAAAAACCCAAAGAUGAAAUCGACGCAAAGGCCAUUGAAGUACCAGAUCUACAAGAGAAAACUGAAAUUGUAACUCCCAUUGAGAAAGACCGAGAAUUAAAACGGACCUUAAAUAUCAAAUUCUCAGACUUGUGCAGUGUGAUAGAAUCGAAAUCAAAUAAGCCUGAAGGAACAUCAGUUAUAAACGACUGCAAAGAGAUUAUGGAAAACUUGGAAGACUCUAAUAAAAUCGUCAAAGGAAUAUUUAAACUCCGAGAGCACAUUGUUCAUACGUAUGACGGAAAAUCACCUCAAGACCAAACUGAUCAAAAUAUUAUAGAAGCAUUUAUUGAUUCACUUCUUGAGGCGUCUCCAACUGCUUCGGAGAAAAUAAUCGAAAGUUACUUGAAAGAAAUCAAGACUAAUAUAAUACUAAGCAAAGCUGCGCUUAAACUUAUUGGCGGUACUGAAUUGGGUGUAAAAUCAUCGUUAAUAGCACCAAAACUUCUACAGCUUGAAGCUAUUUCAGAAGACAUCAGGUCUAAUCUGCAUAUUGAAAAGUCUUCUCAAAAGAUGAUCCAAUUACAACAAACCUUAAUGGAUAUUUUUGUAUUAUUCGAUGACCUCAUGGAUGAUAAAACAGCAAUAUUAAAACCUGCUAUUGAGCAUAUCAAAUCUGUUCUUCUAUCAGAAUAUGAUUAUAUUGAGAAAAAACAGGGACAACUCCAAACGGCAACUAUUGAAGGAAAAAUUCUUAACAUUACCAAAGAAAUAUUAAAUGUUAGCGAAAAGUUGCAGCAGCUCGACAAAGAUUUAAUUGCUGAAAGUCUCGUUGAAGAGCAAAUUCCAAAAAUUCAAAAAGAUAAACCUGACGGCAAGGACACUGAGACUGAGUCUCAAAAAGCAAAGGUACUUGAAAAGGAAUCAAUUGAAGAGCAGAAACUAGAUACGAAAAAGAAGAAACAAGCUGAAAAGGAUGCCGAAAAGAAGGCCCAACAGGGAGAAGUAUCUGAAGUCGUUGCUGAGAAAUUAUCCGAAGAGAAAGUCCCUGAAAGUAAGAAGCCUGAAGUGAAGGAUUCUGAAACUGAGUCUCAAAAGGCAAAGGUACUUGAGCAAGAGCAAAUCGAACAGAAGAAACUGGAUGCGAAAAAGAAGAAACAAGCUGAAAAGGAUGCUGAAAAGAAGGCCCAACAGGGAGAAGUCUCUGAAGUUGUUGCUGAGAAAUUAUCCGAAGAGAAAGUCCCUGAAAGUAAGAAGCCCGAAUUGAAGGAUUCUGAAACUGAGUCUCAAAAGGCAAAGGUACUUGAAAAAGAAUCAAUUGAAGAGCAGAAACUAGAUGAGCAAAAGCAGAAACAAGCUGAAAAGGAUGCCGAAAAGAAGGCCCAACAGGGAGAAGUAUCUGAAGUCGUUGCUGAGAAAUUAUCCGAAGAGAAAGCCCCUGAAAGUAAGAAGCCUGAAGUGAAGGAUUCUGAAACUGAGUCUCAAAAGGCAAAGGUACUUGAGCAAGAGCAAAUCGAACAGAAGAAACUGGAUGCGAAAAAGAAGAAACAAGCUGAAAAGGAUGCUGAAGAGAAGGCCCAACAGGGAGAAGUAUCUGAAGUCGUUGCUGAGAAAUUAUCCGAAGAGAAAGUCCCUGAAAGUAAGAAGCCUGAAGUGAAGGAUUCUGAAACUGAGUCUCAAAAGGCAAAGGUACUUGAAAAGGAAUCAAUUGAAAAGCAGAAACUAGAUGCAAAAAAGAAGAAACAAGCUGAAAAGGAUGCCGAAAAGAAGGCUCACAAGGCAGAAGUAUCUGAAAUUGUUGCUGAGAAAUUAUCCGAAGAAAAGGUACCCGAUAUUAAGAAGUCUGAAAUCAAAGCAAAAUAUGAUUUGCAAGCCAAAUUUUUGGAAAUGGUUAAGGUUUCUGAAUCGCAAAUUUCGAAUGAAAGCUUCCGAGCCAUUCUUACGGAAAGUAAUCAUAUAAUUGAAAAUCUAGAAGACGAUGACAAAGUUGCUAAGUCCAUAUUCAAGCUCCGAGAGCACAUUGUUCAUACAUACGAUGGAAAAGCGGGUGAAGAACUUAAAGAUAAAGAAAUGGUAGAAACAUUUAUCGAAUCUCUCCUUGAAGCUUCUCCAACUGCAGCAGAAAUUAUAAUCAACCAUUUCAUUAAAGAAAUUGAAGCAAACGUAAUUUUAACAAAAGCUGCCGUUCAACUAAUUGACGAGACUGAUAUGUUUACUAAGCCAUCAUUGUUGAUACCAAAAAUAAUGAAUUUGGAAAGUAUUGCAAAAAAUAUAAAAUCUGAGCAGCAUAUUGAGAAGUCGUCAGAAAUGAUGAUUCAUCUACAACAAAACCUAAUGGACACUUUUCUAAUACUUGAUGACCUUUUGGAAGACAACACAACUGGCUUAAAGCCUCUUAUAGAACAACUUAAAUCUGUUCUUCUAUUAGAAUAUGAUUAUAUUGAGAAUAAGCAGGGCCAAAUCCUAACUGCAACUAUUGAAGGAAAAAUUCAUAACAUUACCAAAGAAAUAUUAAAUGUUAGCGAAAAGUUGCAACAGCUCAACAAAGACUUAAUUGCUGAAAGUCUCGUUAAAGAGCAAAUACCAACAAUUCAAGAAGAUAAACCUGACGGCAAGGAUUCUGAGACUGAAGUUGUUGCUGAGAAAUUAUCCCAAGAGAAAGUCCCUGAAAGUGAAAAGCCUGAAGUGAAGCCUUCUGAAUCAGAGCCUCAAAAGGCAAAGGUACUUGAAAAGGAAUUAAUUGAAGAGCAGAAACUAGAUGCGAAAAAGCAGAAACAAGCUGAAAAGGAUGCUGAAAAGAAGGCCCAACAGGGAGAAGUAUCUGAAGUUGUUGCUGAAAAAUUAUCCGAAGAAAAGGUACCCGAAAGUAAGAAGCCUGAAUUGAAGGAUUCUGAAACUGAGUCUCAAAAGGCAAAAGUACUUCAAAAGGAAUCAAUCGAAGAGCAGAAAAGAGAUACGAAGGAAAAGGAACAGAUAGAAAAAUAUAAGUCGCAAAAAGAUGAUUUGCAAGCCAAAUUUUUGGAAGUAGUUAAGCUUUCUGAAUCGCAAAUUUCGAAUGAAACCUUCCGAGCCAUUCUUACGGAAAGUAAUGAUAUAAUUGAAAAUCUAGAAGACGAUGACAAAGUUGCUAAGUCCAUAUUCAAGCUCCGAGAGCACAUUGUUCAUACGUACGACGGAAAGUCAUUUGAUGAACACAAUGAAAAAGAUAUUAUAGAAGCAUUUAUUGAUUCACUUCUUGAGGCGUCUCCAACUGCUUCGGAGAAAAUAAUCGAAAGUUACUUGAAAGAAAUCAAGACAAAUAUAAUACUAAGCAAAGCUGCGCUUAAACUUAUUGGCGGUACUGAAUUGGGUGUAAAAUCAUCGUUAAUAGCACCAAAACUUCUACAGCUUGAAGCUAUUUCAGAAGACAUCAGGUCUAAUCUGCAUAUUGAAAAGUCUUCUCAAAAGAUGAUCCAAUUACAACAAACCUUAAUGGAUAUUUUUGUAUUAUUCGAUGACCUCAUGGAUGAUAAAACAGCAAUAUUAAAACCUGCUAUUGAGCAUAUCAAAUCUGUUCUUCUAUCAGAAUAUGAUUAUAUUGAGAAAAAACAGGGACAACUCCAAACGGCAACUAUUGAAGGAAAAAUUCUUAACAUUACCAAAGAAAUAUUAAAUGUUAGCGAAAAGUUGCAGCAGCUCGACAAAGAUUUAAUUGCUGAAAGUCUCGUUGAAGAGCAAAUUCCAAAAAUUCAAAAAGAUAAACCUGACGGCAAGGAUACUGAGACUGAGUCUCAAAAAGCAAAGGUACUUGAAAAGGAAUCAAUUGAAGAGCAGAAACUAGAUACGAAAAAGAAGAAACAAGCUGAAAAGGAUGCCGAAAAGAAGGCCCAACAGGGAGAAGUAUCUGAAGUCGUUGCUGAGAAAUUAUCCGAAGAAAAGGUACCCGAAAGUAAGAAGCCUGAAAUUAAGGAUUCUGAAACUGAGUCUCAAAAGGCAAAGGUACUUGAAAAGGAAUCAAUUGAAGAGCAGAAACUAGAUGAGCAAAAGCAGAAACAAGCUGAAAAGGAUGCCGAAAAGAAGACCCAACAGGGCGAAGUAUCUGAAGUCGUUGCUGAGAAAUUAUCCGAAGAGAAAGUCCCUGAAAGUAAGAAGCCUGAAGUGAAGGAUUCUGAAACUGAGUCUCAAAAGGCAAAGGUACUUGAAAAAAAAUCAAUUGAAGAGCAGAAUCUAGAUGCAGAACAUAAGAAACAAGCUGAAAAGGAUGCCGAAAAGAAGGCUCACAAGGCAGAAGUAUCUGAAGUUGUUGCUGAAAAAUUAUCCGAAGAAAAGGUACCUGAGAGUAAGAAGCCUGAAGUGAAGGAUUCUGAAACUGAGUCUCAAAAGGCAAAGGUACUUGAUAAGGAAUCAAUUGAAGAGCAGAAACUAGAUGCAGAACAUAAGAAACAAGCUGAAAAGGAUGCCGAAAAGAAGGCCCAACAGGGAGAAGUAUCUGAAGUUGUUGCUGAGAAAUUAUCCGAAGAGAAGGUAACCGAAAGUAAGAAGCCUGAAAUUAAGGAUUCUGAAACUGAGUCUCAAAAGGCAAAGGUACUUGAAAAAGAAUCAAUUGAAGAGCAGAAACUAGAUGAGCAAAAGCAGAAACAAGCUGAAAAGGAUGCCGAAAAGAAUACCCAACAGGGCGAAGUAUCUGAAGUCGUUGCUGAGAAAUUAUCCGAAGAGAAAGUCCCUGAAAGUAAGAAGCCUGAAGUGAAGGAUUCUGAAACUGAGUCUCAAAAGGCAAAGGUACUUGAUAAGGAAUCAAUUGAAGAGCAGAAACUAGAUGCGAAAAAGAAUAAACAAGCUGAAAAGGAUGCCGAAAAGAAAGCUCAAAAGGGAGAACUAUCUGAAGUCGUUGCUGAGAAAUUAUGCGAAGAGAAAGUCCCUGAAAGUAAGAAGCCUGAAGUGAAGGAUUCUGAAACUGAGUCUCAAAAGGCAAAGGUACUUGAUAAGGAAUCAAUUGAAGAGCAGAAACUAGAUGCAGAACAUAAGAAACAAGCUGAAAAGGAUGCCGAAAAGAAGGCUCAAAGGGCAGAAGUAUCCGAAGUUGUUGCUGAGAAAUUAUCCGAAGAGAAAGUUCCUGAAAGUGAGAAGCCUGAAUUGAAGGAUUCGGAAACUGAGUCUCAAAAGGCAAAGGUACUUGAAAAGGAAUCAAUUGAAGAGCAGAAACUAGAUGCGAAGGAAAAGGAACAGAUAGAAAAAUAUAAGUCGCAAAAAGAUGAUUUGCAAGCCAAAUUUUUGGAAGUAGUUAAGCUUUCUGAAUCGCAAAUUUCGAAUGAAACCUUCCGAGCCAUUCUUACGGAAAAUAAUCAUAUAAUUGAAAAUCUAGAAGACGAUGACAAAGUUGCUAAGUCCAUAUUCAAGCUCCGAGAGCACAUUGUUCAUACGUACGACGGAAAGUCAUUUGAUGAACACAAUGAAAAAGAUAUUAUAGAAGCAUUUAUUGAUUCACUUCUUGAGGCGUCUCCAACUGCUUCGGAGAAAAUAAUCGAAAGUUACUUGAAAGAAAUCAAGACAAAUAUAAUACUAAGCAAAGCUGCGCUUAAACUUAUUGGCGGUACUGAAUUGGGUGUAAAAUCAUCGUUAAUAGCACCAAAACUUCUACAGCUUGAAGCUAUUUCAGAAGACAUCAGGUCUAAUCUGCAUAUUGAAAAGUCUUCUCAAAAGAUGAUCCAAUUACAACAAACCUUAAUGGAUAUUUUUGUAUUAUUCGAUGACCUCAUGGAUGAUAAAACAGCAAUAUUAAAACCUGCUAUUGAGCAUAUCAAAUCUGUUCUUCUAUCAGAAUAUGAUUAUAUUGAGAAAAAACAGGGACAACUCCAAACGGCAACUAUUGAAGGAAAAAUUCUUAACAUUACCAAAGAAAUAUUAAAUGUUAGCGAAAAGUUGCAGCAGCUCGACAAAGAUUUAAUUGCUGAAAGUCUCGUUGAAGAGCAAAUUCCAAAAAUUCAAAAAGAUAAACCUGACGGCAAGGAUACUGAGACUGAGUCUCAAAAAGCAAAGGUACUUGAAAAGGAAUCAAUUGAAGAGCAGAAACUAGAUACGAAAAAGAAGAAACAAGCUGAAAAGGAUGCCGAAAAGAAGGCCCAACAGGGAGAAGUAUCUGAAGUCGUUGCUGAGAAAUUAUCCGAAGAGAAAGUCCCUGAAAGUAAGAAGCCUGAAGUGAAGGAUUCUGAAACUGAGUCUCAAAAGGCAAAGGUACUUGAUAAGGAAUCAAUUGAAGAGCAGAAACUAGAUACGAAAAAGAAGAAACAAGCUGAAAAGGAUGCCGAAAAGAAGGCCCAACAGGGAGAAGUAUCUGAAGUCGUUGCUGAGAAAUUAUCCGAAGAAAAGGUACCUGAGAGUAAGAAGCCUGAAUUGAAGGAUUCUGAAACUGAGUCUCAAAAGGCAAAGGUACUUGAUAAGGAAUCAAUUGAAGAGCAGAAACUAGAUGCGAAAAAGAAGAAACAAGCUGAAAAGGAUGCCGAAAAGAAGGCUCAAAAGGGAGAAGUAUCUGAAGUCGUUGCUGAGAAAUUAUCCGAAGAAAAGGUACCUGAGAGUAAGAAGCCUGAAUUGAAGGAUUCUGAAACUGAGUCUCAAAAGGCAAAGGUACUUGAUAAGGAAUCAAUUGAAGAGCAGAAACUAGAUGCGAAAAAGAAGAAACAAACUGAAAAGGAUGCCGAAAAGAAGGCUCACAAGACAGAAGUAUCUGAAGUCGUUGCUGAGAAAUUAUCCGAAGAAAAGGUACCUGAGAGUAAGAAGCCUGAAGUGAAGGAUUCUGAAACUGAGUCUCAAAAGGCAAAGGUACUUGAGCAAGAGCAAAUCGAACAGAAGAAACUGGAUGCGAAAAAGAAAAAACAAGCUGAAAAGGAUGCUGAAAAGAAGGCCCAACAGGGAGAAGUAUCUGAAGUCCUUGCUGAGAAAUUAUCCGAAGAGAAAGUCCCUGAAAGUAAGAAGCCUGAAGUAAAGGAUUCUGAAACUGAGUCUCAAAAGGCAAAGGUACUUGAUAAGGAAUCAAUCGAAAAGCAGAAACUAGAUGCGAAAAAGAAGAAACAAGCUGAAAAGGAUGCCGAAAAGAAGUCUCAAAAGGGAGAAGUAUCUGAAGUUGUUGCUGAGCAAUUAUCCGAAGAAAAGGUACCUGAGAGUAAGAAGCCUGAAUUGAAGGAUUCUGAAACUGAGUCUCAAAAGGCAAAGGUACUUGAUAAGGAAUCAAUUGAAGAGCAGAAACUAGAUGCGAAAAAGAAGAAACAAGCUAAAAAGGAUGCCGAAAAGAAGACCCAACAGGGCGAAGUAUCUGAAGUCGUUGCUGAGAAAUUAUCCGAAGAAAAGGUACCUGAGAGUAUGAAGCCUGAAUUGAAGGAUUCUGAAACUGAGUCUCAAAAGGCAAAGGUACUUGAUAAGGAAUCAAUUGAAGAGCAGAAACUAGAUGCGAAAAAGAAGAAACAAACUGAAAAGGAUGCCGAAAAGAAGACCCAACAGGGAGAAGUAUCUGAAGUCGUUGCUGAGAAAUUAUCCGAAGAAAAGGUACCUGAGAGUAAGAAGCCUGAAGUGAAGGAUUCUGAAACUGAGUCUCAAAAGGCAAAGGUACUUGAUAAGGAAUCAAUCGAAAAGCAGAAACUAGAUGCGAAAAAGAAGAAACAAGCUGAAAAGGAUGCCGAAGAGAAGGCUCAAAAGGGAGAAGUAUCUGAAGUUGUUGCUGAGCAAUUAUCCGAAGAAAAGGUACCUGAGAGUAAGAAGCCUGAAUUGAAGGAUUCUGAAACUGAGUCUCAAAAGGCAAAGGUACUUGAUAAGGAAUCAAUUGAAGAGCAGAAACUAGAUGCGAAAAAGAAGAAACAAACUGAAAAGGAUGCCGAAGAGAAGGCUCAAAAGGGAGAAGUAUCUGAAGUUGUUGCUGAGAAAUUAUCCGAAGAAAAGGUACUCGAGAGUAAGAAGCCUGAAAUUAAGGAUUCUGAAGCUGAGUCUCAAAUGGCAAGCGUACUUGAGCAAGAGCAAAUCAAAGAGAGUAAACUGAAUGAGAAAAAGAAGAAACAAGCUGAAAAGAAAGCCCAGCAAGUGGAAGUAUGUGAUGAAACGGUUGCGGAGACUAAAACACCAAAGGAUAAGGAGUCGGUUACCGAAAGGGAACCGCAAAAGAAAAUAGAACAAGUUGGCAUAUCUGAGAAUGUAUCUGAAAUAGAAAAGAGCCCAGAGACAAAGAAGCCUGGAGAUAGCGAAGUAGGAGUGCAAGAACAGCAAGCUAUUGAUGAACACAAGCAAAAGAGCUUGAAUGAAAACAUAUCACAUAGCUUAAGUGAUACAGCAGAGAGAAGACCUGACAGGAUAACAUCGGAGCUUGUUGAAUCUGAAGAGUCAAUAAGUCUUCAAACCAAAACAUAUAAAUCUAUGGAGUCUGAGUAUCGGGAAAGAAAAGAAUCGCGAAGCGCUAAGCGCAAGCCAACUGUAGAUCUAAUGCUAACCAAUCGUAACUCGGCAACCGGCAGUGAUCUUAAGUUGACAUGUGGAAUUUCUGGUCACGAUAUGAGAGUGCAGUGGUUCAAGCAGAAUAGUCCCAUUGCUAACGAUGCCAAGUACAAAAUAACCUUGAAUGAUGGUCUAUCCUGCCUUGAAAUCAAAUCAACAGAAAUGAAUGAUUCUGGCAUAUAUCGUUGCAUAGCGUCUAAUCGAAAUGGAGAGGUGGAAACGAGCUGUCUUGUGACUAUAUACGAAGCACCUUCAACCAAAUUUGGCACACCGCCAAUAUUUACACGCAACAUACGAGAGUACUACCACUUGCGCGAUGAUGAACUGACCAUUGAGGGUCACGUGCACGGUGUGCCACGUCCUGUUGUCACCUGGUGGCGUGGCGCCUUCCAGGUGAAGCCCAGCUAUAAGUUCACGAUGCUCGAGGAGGCGCAUGGCGUCUGCAAGCUACUCAUCUAUAAGCCUGGCAAUAAGGAUAGCGGCACCUAUACCCUGAAAGCCAUCAAUUCAAUCGGUGAGGCUCAAAUCAAUCAAAUCGUUGAGGUGGCCAAGAAUCUGCACUAUCAUGUGCCCGGCAUAUUCCAUGCCCGCGAUAGAAUCCAAUUGGACAGCUUGAAGCAGGCCAGAGUGGCCAUGGAUGCGGCGCUUAAGUCCAAGGCCGAAUCGGAUCAGAAACGUGCCGAAAUCGAGGCCGAACAGCAGCGUGUACAGGCGGCACGUGCACCACCAGAGCCACUCGUACCAGCCAAGCAAAAGUUACAAUUCGCCACGCAGCUGCGCGAUCGUAUGGCACUGGAGGGCACAACUGUGAAGUUUGCGGCAACGGUAAUUGGCCCAGAUCCAAAUACACGCUGGAUGAAGGAUGACAAAUGGCUAGUGAUGAGCGAAAAUAUAAAAAAUCUAUCCGAAGAGGGUAAAGCCAUUAUACAGAUCAACAAUGUCACUUCGGCCGAUUCGGGCGUCUACAAGUGCGUGGCCAAAAAUGAUCUAAGCGAAAUUGAGACCUCAUGCUACUUCAAGGUGUAUGCGGCGCAAGCUGAUGGCGACGAGUCCGAACCCAUUUUUGCCCUGCCCCUGCGAGAUGUGUAUCACUCCUCCCAAAAUGAUUUAAUUAUCGAUACGAAAGUUCGAGGCAAUCCUCGUCCCGUUAUCUCGUGGACGAAAGAUCAGAUACCCGUUGUUCUCGACGAUCGUGUCGUGCAAAUCGAGCACUUGGAUGGCGUCUGCGAGCUGAUCGUUAACAAGCCAACUGUGAAUGACAACGGCAUCUACGUCUGCACCGCCCAGAAUAAAUUGGGCAGUCAGUCGACCACCCACACGGUUGUUGUCGACACCACACAUUCGUCACGCCGCUCUAGCAUCUUAUCAGCCAUGCAGGAGGAUACAGGCGAGGGUGCCAGCAAAUCCAAACCGAAGAAGCUGCCCAAGAAAGACGAGCCCGAAGGCGGCGAGGGCGGCUAUGAGCGACGCAGCCGCAUGCCCGACCCGUCACCUAAGCAAAUGCUCUAUUUCACGGUCAAUCUAUCUAAUCGCUAUGUAGCUGAAGGCUCUAAGGUCAAAUUGCAAGCGGUUAUUGGCGGACCCGAGCCGACCAUUAAAUGGCAAAAGGAUGAACAAAACGUGCAAUACGGACCGCGUAUACGCAACAUGAAUCGCGACAGCUUGGCUGUGCUGGAGUUCAUAAACGCACAGGAGGAGGACUCUGGCACCUAUACGAUAAUAGCCCAGAAUGAGUUCUGCAAGAUCACCACAUCGGCCGUGCUGCAUGUCUAUCAGCCGAAGGUCAACACCGAUGUGCAGCCCGUGUUCAUACGCUCGCUGAAAGAGACCUAUCACCUGAACUCGAAUGAACUUAUACUGGAGACAGCUGUGCGGGGACAGCCUACGCCCCAGGUGCAGUGGUUCAAGGACAGCAUUGAGAUUCAAAGUGGCGGUCGCUAUCAGAUAAUCGAGCAUCAGGAUGGCACAUGUGAGCUAAUCGUUGAUCGGCCGGAUAACAAGGAUUCCGGCAAAUAUGUAGUCAAGGCGGAGAGUCGUGCUGGCAAAAUGGAAAUUUCUCAUUAUGUCCUAUUUGAGGGCAAGGCUUCGCAUAUUGCGGACAAUAUUCACGGCGUGUUCCAUGCGGACAAGAGCUUGAUGCGGCCCAAGGAGGUGGAAAAGCCAGCUGUAAAGCCCGCUGCUGCUCCAGCAGGCGGCGAAUCCGAAGCUGAAGGUGAGGAGGGUAAGGGCAAGCGUCGUGGCCGCAAGAAGGACGAACCCGAAGAUGAGGGCGUAUCCUCAGCCACGGAUUAUGCCUCCGAUACGGCUAGCAUGUCCAGCAAGCGACGCGAGAAGAAUAUUGGCAUUCACUUUACCACCUCUAUGAGGGAUCGCGUUGUGGCCGAAGGCUCCAAGGUAAAAAUCUCUUGCUUCCUGGAAGCCAAGGAACCCCAGGUGAAGUGGUUCAUGAACGAUGAGCCCAUCCAAAAUGGACCCAAGAUUCGAGGACGUUACAGCGAGGGCCUCUGCCUUUUGGAGAUCAACAGCGCCACCGAGGAGGACAAUGGCGAGUACAAGUGCUGGGGACGCGACGAAACUGGCGAGGCAUCGACCUCCUGCAGGUUAGAGGUCUAUGCGGAUCCAGGCACUGGUGACGUGCCGCCCACCUUUACGCGCAACAUCAAGGACACGCUGCACGGCAAGAUCAACGAGCUCCAACUGGAUGUGCAUGUGCGCGGUCUGCCAACGCCAUCAGUGUCAUGGUACAAGGACGGCGUAAAGAUUGAGAACAAUGAAAAGUACCACCAGGUGGAUCACGAUGAUGGCACAUGCGAGCUGUUCAUCAGUCAUCCAAAGCCAGCCGACAGCGGCAAAUACGUGUGCCAGGCUGAGAACCGCGAAGGCCAAACGGAAAUUGUUCAUAUGGUCACUGUGGAGCCGCGCGUUCGUGUACGUCCGAUGUCGCCACCCAGAGAGGGACGGCCGCCACCCAAACCAGCUGGUGAGGAUGAAGAACCAGCUGCUGAAGGCGAAGCAGCUGAAGGUGAAGUGGCCGAGAAGAGAGUCCGAAAGCCCAAGAAUGAUGAUGAGGAGGCGACUAGCUCCAGGCGCGAGGUCCCCAUGCCGCCAGAUCUAAAGAAGCGUCUCUAUUUCCGCAACUUCCUAGCCAAUCGUACCGUCAAGUCGGGCAGCAAUGUCAAAUGGAUGGUGAACAUCGAUGGACCCGAGCCAACGGCUAAAUGGUUCCAUGGCGAUCAGCCAAUUACCUUCGGACCCAAGAGCAAAAUGUCCAUGCAGGAUGGCAUUGCUUGGCUCAAUCUCGUGGGCGUCACAGAAGAGGACGCUGGCGAAUAUACGCUGCGUGUCCGAGGCUCCGAAAAUGAAAUUGUUAGCACUUGCAACCUAUUCGUUUAUAGCACGGGUAAAGUUGAAAUCAUCCCACCCACUUUCACAGUGGGCAUCAAAGACACGUAUUCUCUAAAUGAGAAUGAGUUGGUUCUGGAUUGUCGUGUGCGUGGCCAACCGCAUCCAGAGAUCCAAUGGAUGAAGGGCAACGAGAUUAUUAAUAAUGAUGAUAAAUAUCAGCAAAUUGAUCAGGCCGACGGUUACUCCAAGCUGAUUAUACGCAAUCCCGUUGAGAAGGACUCUGGCAUAUACUCCUGCAUAGCAACCAACGAGGGCGCCCAGAACAAGAUGACCCAUCAGGUGGACUUUGUGGGACGCGAACGUUUCACUCUGGAGAAGACGCACGGUUUCUUCCAUCGUGAUCCCAACAAGCCACACUUCCUGGCCCCUCUGGGCAAUCAGACCGUAUGCGAUGGCGGCACCGUCGCCAUCUCAGCUGAGUUCAUGCAAUCGAGCACACCCAUUGAAGUCAAAUGGUAUCGUGGCCGCAAAGUUGUGGAGGGUCCAAAUGUUAAAACUAUGAACGAACGUGGCAUCUACACGCUGGCUAUCAUGAACGCCACGGCUGAGCAUGAAGGCACCUACACUUGCCUCGCCUCGAAUGCCUUCGGACGCAUUGAGUCAAAUGUCAACAUCGAUGUCGCUGUCGGUGUUGAGAAGAGCGAACGACCACCCCUCUUCCUGUCCAGGCCUGAAACUGAAAUGAAGAUCGCCGUCGGCGAUCCGUUCUCGCUGUCCUUCCGUAUUGCGGGUGAUCCGAAACCGAAACUGGUGUUCAUGAAGGGCACCAAGGAUAUAACCCAAUCGGACCGGGUUAGCAAAGAGGUAUCCGAUGACUACACCAGAUUUACAGUGCAAAAGUCGCAGAUUUCCGACUCCGGCACCUACUUCGUUGUUGCACGCAACGACUUUGGCACGGACAGAAUAUUCGUCACAAUUACAGUUAACCCGCGCGCGCGCUCUGAAACCCCAACGCAACCACGCUGGGGCCAACCCCUGGACAGUUACAGUGAAACUUCGUAUUUCAGAGAUCCACCUGGCUGUAUAUCCACGGAGCCGCUGGUCGUUGACUCUGGACCCACCCACAUCUCGUUGUCCUGGGGCAAGCCCGUCAGCGCCAACUCGGCGCCGGUCAUUGCCUACAAAGUGGAGGCAUGGAUUGUCGGUCAUGAGGGAGGCGCUUAUUGGCGCGAGUUAGGUCUAACGCCCAUUAAUUCCUUUGAUGCAUUCAAUCUGAAACCAAACGUCGAAUACCAUUUCCGUGUGACGCCUAAAAAUCGCUAUGGCUGGGGACCGGCAGUUCAGACUAGCUCCCCGCUGCAAGUGGGCGGCGUGGAGUGCCUGCCGGAGUUUGUCAAGAUACUGCCUGGCCAAGUGAAGGCGUUGCUUGGCUCCUCCUUUACGCUGCAGUGUAAUAUGCGUGGAGCGCCGCGUCCAAAGAUCACCUGGUACAAGGAUGGCAUACAGCUGAGCAGCAGCUCCGAUCGUGUCAAGAUACGUCAGAUUGGCUCCACCUGUGCUCUCACCAUCUCUACAGUUAGUGAACUAGACUCUGGACGCUACACCUGCGAGGCAACCAAUUCCAAGGGGCGCGUCUCUACCUUUGCUCGGCUGCAAGUCGUCUCUGAUCCACGGCUAUACGAGGCAGACUCGAGACUGAAGGAAAUUGCACAUGGACGCCAUCCAGCUGAACUGGGAGAAUCGCUGCCCAUUUUCACAAUGCGCCUGCGCGAUCGUCGCGUACAGGUAACCUAUCCGGUGCGCCUCACCUGCCAAAUUGUGGGCUAUCCCGCACCGGAGAUACUCUGGUACAAGGAUGGCCAACUAAUCAGCUCUGAUAGACGACAUCUCAUUACGGCCGAGGGUCAGUUCUAUACGCUGGAAAUAGCAGCCACCUUGCUAGACGAUAGCGGCAAUUACACCUGCACAGCCAAGAAUGAACUGGGCUCUGUCUCCUGCCACAGCUGUCUGGUGGUAGACAAGGGUAUACGCGCGUACAUUUCACCCGACUUCUAUGUGCCACUUGAUCCGUUCUAUGUGUUCCGCGAGGGCACCGAAAUCCGCCUGUCCACCAAAGUGGAAGCUUAUCCCGCUGUGGGCGUCACCUGGCAUCGCAAUGGCAUGCGUCUGCGCCCCAGUCGUCGCAUAUCAGCCACUCUCGACUCCACGGGCUAUGUGGAGCUAAUCAUUGCCGAGGCUACGCCACGCGAUGCUGGCAUUUACGUGUGUGUCGCCUCCAAUGUGGUGGGCAAGGUGGAGACCAUAUGUCGUGUGGCCAUCGAAGAGAACGAAGCAGCUGCAACAACGCAACGCGCACUCGAUAUACCCAGCAUUAAGACUGGCGACAUGCCUUACUCCAAGGAGCCGCUGUUCGUCGUGAAGCCACGCUCGAGCGAAGCAUACGAGGGCGACAACGUCAUCAUAUUCUGCGAGGUGGUCGGCGAUCCCAAGCCCGACGUUGUCUGGCUGCGCGAUUUUCUAAAUCCGGAGUACUACAAGGACGCGCCACACUUUCGACGCAUUGGCGAGGGGCCGGAGUAUCGUUUGGAGAUACCCAGCGCCAAAUUGGACUUUACCGGCACUUACUCAGUUAUAGCCAGCAAUUGCCAUGGCGAGGCCAAGGCUGUAAUAUCAUUGCAAAUUUACGCCAAAGAUAUACUAAAAGAAAAUCGCAUGGAUAAAGUUCACACGCGACAUGGUAAUAUUGAGACACUGCCGCGAUUCGUACGCAAUUUGCGGAAUUUGCGCUGCUGUGAUGGAGAUGCCAUCUCGUUGGAGUGUCAUGUGGAGGCCAUGCCGGAGCCGUUUAUAAUAUGGGAGAAGGAUGGUCAUGUCGUGCCCAGUGACAGGGACUACGUGAUGUCGUUUGACGGUGUCAAAGCUACGCUGAGUAUUCCGCGCGUGUAUCCCGAGGACGAAGGCGAAUACACUUGUGUGGCCAAGAAUUCAGUUGGCCGCACACUCUCGUCAGCCUGCAUCAUUGUGGAUGUGCCCGAAGAGAAGGAGAAUAUGCUUAGCCGUCAAUUGACACGACCAAGUGCCUUCCUGUCUGCACACUCCACACCGCGUUCGACGCCACGUUCGACUCCCAACCGAAGCUUUUCACCCAUGAGACUUUCCUACCGCCACAGCAGCAUCGAUCUGCAAAUGGGCUCAGUGGAGCGUCGCCGCAGCGAUGCCCGCUGCAUUUCAGCGCCGAAAUUCCUAGCCAUUCCCUACAAUCGUGUCGUGGAGGAGGGCGAUAGCGUGCGCUUCCAGUGCGCCAUUGCGGGACAUCCCACGCCGUGGGCCACUUGGGACAAGGAUGGUCUCAUUGUCACGCCCACCACACGAAUUGCAGUCAAGGAAGUCGAUGAUCUGCGCUUCAUUGAGAUCGAUGAGGUGGGCUUCGACGAUGCGGGUCUCUAUCGGAUAACGCUGGAGAAUGACUUUGGACGCAUAGAAGCCACUGCUCGCCUGGACGUAAUCAGCAGUUCACGCUACUCCAAGUCUCCAUCGACGCGUAGCGUGCGCGCCUCCUCCUCGAGACGAAAUGCAUAUCUCUAUCGACGCAUCAUGGGCCCCUCAACAGCUAUUGGCGGCCGCAUGGCAUUGGCAAGUGGAUUUCGUGGCUCGUCCGUGCCGUCAGUGAGAUUCUAUCACAACAAUAUGGAGUUGGAACCCUCGGAUCGGGUACACAUUGUGCUGCAGGAGGACGAAGCUAUGCUGUUCGUGGACAACGUAACUCUGGAGGAUGAGGGCGUCUACACCUGCAUUAUAAGCGGAGACCAUGAUCCUUUAGUUAGCUCCGUCGAUGUCAAGUUCCACGGCUCCAGUACUGAUAUACAACGUCGACCCGCUACCAUUGCCGAGCCGCUGCCCGAGCUAACUAAAUCCGUGGAGGGCGAGGUGACCGAUCUCUGCUGUGUCAUCGAUAGCGACGAACCCUACAGCUAUGUCUGGCUGCGUAAUGGAGAAAUUCUGCCCGACAGCGAGGAGUUCAACUACAUCGAUCACGGCAAUGGUUGCCUCUGUUUGCGCAUCAACGACGCCUUCGACAUUGACUCGGGUAUCUACACUUGUCAGGUGUACACGUCCACAACAGAUGACAGCAGCGGCGACUGCGACUGCGACUGUGACUGCAGCAGCAGCGGCGAGCUGUGCGUGCUCGAGCGCGAUCUCACACGGACCGAAGAGAGCGUACAGCUGCUAAAGACGCCGCUGCCGUUGGUGUGUGCUCCAGGUGCCGAAGCCCUCUUCUAUGCGCGUGUUUUCCCCUGCCAAGCGGACGUCGAAUGGUAUCUCAACGGAAAACUGAUUGCGGAUGACUCACCAAACAAAACGUUGGAGUCAUAUCCAGAGAACGGCAUUCGCUUGCUGCGCCUGCGAAACGUGCAGCUGGCCCAGAGCGGCGAACUGCGUCUCCAAGUCAAGCAUCCACAGCCGGAGAGACGUGUGCCCUCCAUACGUAGCUAUACCAGUCUUCUAGUACUACCCGUUAACAGCAACAACAACAACAACAACAACAACAACAACAACAGCAGCAAUAGCAGUAAUAAUAUUAAUAAUAAUAAGGAGCAGCAGAAUCCUUCGCUGGCUGCCAGCUGCAUAUUGCGGCGCCCGGAAGAUUGCACUGCACUCAUUGGAGGCCAUGUCCAACUGAGCGUGCACUAUGAGCCAUUCCCCAAUACCAAAGUCAUCUGGUACAAGGCGUGCCGUGCCAUUGUUGAGGGCGCCAAUGUGACAAUCCGUACAACGUCGCAACGAUCAACACUUUAUAUAACGGACAUCUCCGCCGAUGACAGCGGCAAAUACACGGCUGAAAUAAUGAACGACUAUGGCAUAGAGGCGGCAGCUGCCUCGGUGGCCGUCGAGGGACCCCCGGAGCCGCCCAGUGGCAAGCCGAGCGUUUCGCUUGGCCCCGAUCGUGUGGCCGUCGCCUGGUGUGGCCCGCCCUACGAUGGCGGCUGCAUGAUAACAGGAUUCAUCAUUGAGCUGCAGAGCUACAAGCCAACGGACUGUGAUAGCGUUAAGGACAACGCUGACUGGCAGCAGGUAGCACGCGUGAUGGACACGCUGGCCUACACCGUGAAGGAGCUGCUGCCACAGCUGCAGUACAGAUUUCGUGUGCGCGCCGAGAACAUACACGGACGCAGUGCACCCAGUCAGGUUAGUGAGUGGGUGCAGACAACGCGCCCAGCCGCCGCAGUGGACGCUGCCAACACAACAUCGAAUCUCAUGAGCGCUGUUAGCGUUCAGUCUGGCGGAGAUUUCAAGGCACGUUUCGAUAUCAUAGAGGAGCUGGGCAAGGGACGUUUCGGUGUCGUCUACAAGGUGCAGGAACGCGCACAGCCCGAACAGCUGCUGGCCGCCAAGGUGAUCAAGUGCAUCAAGUCGCGCGAUCGCCAAAAAGUACUGGAAGAGAUAUCCAUAAUGCGUUCACUGCAGCAUCCCAAGCUGCUGCAGCUGGCCGCCUCCUUUGAAAGUGCUCGAGAAAUUGUCAUGGUCAUGGAAUACAUUACGGGUGGGGAGCUGUUCGAGCGCGUGGUUGCGGAUGACUUCACGCUGACGGAGCUGGACUGCAUUCUAUUUCUGCGGCAGGUGUGCGAAGGUGUUGCCUAUAUGCACAGCCAGAGCGUCGUCCACUUGGAUCUGAAGCCAGAGAACAUCAUGUGCCACACGCGCACCAGUCAUCAGAUCAAGAUCAUAGACUUCGGCCUGGCCCAGCGUCUGGACACUAAGGCGCCUGUGCGCGUGCUCUUUGGCACGCCGGAAUUCAUACCGCCAGAGAUCAUAAGCUACGAGCCCAUUGGCUUCAAGUCGGAUAUGUGGAGCGUGGGCGUCAUAUGCUAUGUGCUACUCUCGGGCCUUUCGCCCUUUAUGGGUGACUCCGAUGUGGAAACUUUUUCGAAUAUAACACGUGCGGACUAUGACUAUGAUGACGAGGCGUUCGAUUGCGUCUCGCAGGAGGCCAAGGACUUUAUCUCGCAGCUGCUAGUGCAUCGCAAGGAGUCGCGCCUGACCGCUCAGCAGUGUCUCGAGUCCAAGUGGCUUUGCCAGCGCCAUGAUGAGAAUCUCAGCAAUAACAAAAUCUGCACAGACAAGCUUAAGAAAUUUAUUAUACGACGCAAAUGGCAGAAAACGGGCAACGCUAUACGGGCGCUGGGUCGCAUGGCUACAUUGUCCGCAUCGCGUCGCAACUCGGCUAUUGCCAUGGGCGCUUGCAACAGUCCGCGUCCCUCGAUUUCCGGCUUGAGCAUGCUCAGCGCUGUCAAUGUGUGCAGCACGCAAAUGGCCUCCUUGAACGAGGAGGAGGAUGACUUUACCGGCGAGAUGCCUCAGGUGGACAAACGCAAGACAGCAAGCCUUAAGCUGCGCGACAAAUCCCAGUGCAGCGAGCGCAGCGAUUCCGGCUACAGCGAAUGCUCCAAUGGCAGCCUGGGCACACAGGAGACGCUGCUACUAACACUGGCCAAGUGCAAGCUGGAACAGAUUGCAAAGGCUAGUCAGAGCGAGGCGGCAGAUGCAGAUAGUGCAGCAAGCACAUUGCCAGCUUUAGAACUGUCAGGCAAGAGCGAGCCCAUAAUGCUCUCCGAUUUCACCAAUACGGUUAAGAUGCGCAAGAAAUCUCUGGAGGAUAGCUGCACGCGUGAAAAGCUCAAGCCACAUGCCAAACCCAUUUGUGAGUCCAAGCUGAAGGUGUCUCAGUUGAAGCACAGGUUUCAGCAAUCAAAUGCUGCUGCUGCCGCUGCUGCACAUAACAGGCCCGCCGCCGCCGUCGAACCCAACAAAAUCGCCAAGGUCGCGAGCAUGGGUCGCAUCAGCAAAUUUGAGCCAGCGAGCAGGCCCGCUGUCGCCAUUAAAGCGAAACCGACACAAACCCAGUCCAUGCCCAGCUCCCCGCUGCCUCAGCGUUCAGCAACGCCAACGCGGCUGAGCAGUCGAGUACGUGAGACAACGGAGCGUCUUGCCCAACAGCACACGGUGGCCAGCGCACAGCGACAGGCGGCGAAUGGCAAGGGGCAUGGUAAUGGUAAUGGAAAUGGAAGUGGAAAUGGAAAUGGAAAUGGGAACGGUCAUGGCCUCGGACAUGGACACGAGCACGGACAGGGGCACGAGUCACGUGCGCGUCGUCUCAUCAAUAGAUUCAACGAAACGAAACAUAUCACGUCCUAGUUUUUUAAUGUCUCUGAUUUACUUAUUUCACUUUAUUAUUAUUGUUUUUUAUCUGCUGUGUAAAAGCAAACCCAAGGAAAAUCUGUACGAAAAAAACACUCGAAUAUACA